AUGGCUGCGGCGCCGGGGCUGCCCUUCUGGCUGCUCCUGCUCGGGCUGCCCUGGCGGGUCCCGGGGCAGCCGGGGCCUGACAUGAGCCGGCGCUUCUCCGAGCACAAACUCUGCGCGGACACCGAGUGCAGCAUGUUAAUGUACCGGGGUGAGGCUCUAGAAGAUUUCACAGGCCCGGACUGUCGGUUUGUGAAUUUUAAAAAAGGCGACAAUGUCUAUGUCUACUAUAAACUGGCAGGGAAAUCGCCUGAAGUUUGGGCUGGAAGUGUUGGACGUAUUUUUGGAUACUUUCCAAAGGAUUUAAUCCAAGUGGUCUAUAAAUAUGCUAAAGAAGAGCUAGAAGUUCCAGCAGAUGAGACAGAUUUUGUUUGCUUUGAUGGGGGAAGAGACGAUUUUGAUAACUAUAACGUAGAAGAACUUCUAGGAUCUUUGGAACUGUACAAUUCUGCAGCUAGAGAUUCUGAGAAAGCUAUUGGAAAAACUUCUCAACAUAUGGAAAAACCUGCCGAAGUAUCUGAAGAAAGUCACCCUGAACCUGAUUCAAUACCAGCCACCUCCGAGGAAAGAGAAAAUGUUUUCUCAGAAAACACUGGGGAACUCAAAGAAAGACAUGCAGCUCAGAAGAACCACCCCCAUGUAAACAGUCAAAGAAAUCACCCUCAGCGAGAGCCAGCUUCAUCGGAACCAUUUGAAAAAAUGCUUCAAGAUAAAUUAAAAAUGCCAGACAGUGAAAACAACAAAACCAGCAAUAGUUCUCAGAUCUCAAAUGAACAGGAGAAGACUGAUGCUUAUAAACUUUUGAAAAAAGAAAUGACUCUGGACUUGAAAACCAAAUUUGGCUCCACUGCUGAUGCACUUGUGUCUGAUGAUGAGACAACCAGGCUCGUUACUUCAUUAGAAGACGAUUUUGAUGAGGAAUUAGAUGAUGAGUACUACAUCAUUGGGAAGGAAGAAGAGGAAGAGAAUCAGGAAAACUUUGAUGACUUGCCAUUACUAACCUUUACAGAUGGAGAAGACUUGAAAUCUGAAGUUGGGAAAUACUCAACUGAUAAAGAGCAGAACUCAAGUGAAGAGGAUGAAGUGGAGGUAACUCAGCCCUUGGGCAUCAAAGAUGAUGAUAAAAAUCUACGAUCACCUUGGGAGGAUACCGUCUUCUCUGCUGUCACAGAAGGUGAAGAACAAACAGGUAUGGAUUUCGAGAAUUCUAACUCAGAGGAAGAGAUGGAAGGCGAUGAUGGAUUAGUCACAGACAGCCAGUGGGAGAAAACACAAUCAGCAACAGAUUAUAGUGACCUUGAAAAGGCAGAAGAUGAUCUUUUGACUGUAGAAGUUUCUAAAACAAAUAAUGAUAAAAAUACAGAAACGGACAGAGAACUUGACAUUAAAGGAAAAGGGAGGACAGCUGAGGACUCCAAGGGGGACCUGGUACUGGAUAAGAAAGGACUGGAGGAUGAAAAGAAAGAAGACAGGACUCUGCACGGUUCUACUCAAAGCAGUAACCUCAACUCUUUGCCAGCUAUUGGAAAGGGUAAAGAAACAUUAAAAUCAGCUUUUGGUAACAAAGAAAACGAUCUAAAAGGAGCAGCUGUUCAUGCCUCAGAAAGAAUGGCCCACGAAAGGAAGCCUGGAGAGCAGACGGUGGAAGGUGGCUCAGAGAGGGGAUGGGAACACCGAGCUGCAGGGAAUGAAAUGAAGGAAGAAAAGAAUAAACAGGAAGCCAGGGAUGUUACACCGCUCUUGGGAGAUAAUCAGCAUAAUGUAUCCAAAGAUGGUGUGGAGAAGGAAGUAGAUGUUUUAGUAAAUGGACCAAAACAACACAUACUUGCAGCAGAGCACCCAAACGAGGAAUUUAAAGAGGAACAGCUUCUGAAAACUCAAAAUCAACCUAGAUUCUCCUCUCCUGAUGAAAUUGGUUUGUCAACAGAACUGGAAGAUGAGGGUCCCAUUGUGGGACGAAAUCUUUCCUGGCAGCAAGAAAGAGAUGUGGCUGCUGCAGUUAAUAAGCAAGUGAAUGAGACGACAAGGCUGUCUGAGCAAGAGGUCACAGGAAACACCUUAGAUGAGGAGUUUGUUCAUCAACAGCCGGGCACUCCAGAAGCAGAAACAACAGGCCAAACUGAUAGUGCAGAAGUACCAGGUUUCCAUCCUGAGAAACCAGAAGCAGAAGAUGACGAUUCCACCCCUGAAGAACUAUUGGAGGAUGAAAAUGCUGUAAGUGCAAAACAGUCUAAAGAAAAGAGCCCUGAGAUGCAAGACAGGCAGUUAGAUAUUCAUCUACAAGUCCCUGAAAAAGGAAUUUUAGGCUCCGCUAAUACUGAUGCAAAUAUUGAAGAAAACAAAGAAAAAACGAGUAAUAUUUCAGAAAUGGAAGGAAAAAAUGAAACUGGGGGCAAAGAGGUAGGCACACUAGGCAAUGAACCUGGCGGUCUGGUAGAAAAAGAAGAAAACACUCUUCCAGAUAAUAAAGCACAGAGACCACCUGCAGGAAGUGAAUUUCUUGACAAGAAAAAGCACCAGACUCCAGAGUUAGGUGAAGUGUUUCAGAAUAAAGAUUCUGGUUAUCUCAAAGAGGACAACCCUGAGGAUUACCUGAAGACCUCAGGGCUCGCCGAGAAACCUGGGGUAGAACUCUCCAAAGAGGACCAGGAGGACAUAGAGAAGAAGUUCACGGACGUACAAAGCCAGGAGGCAGCUUCUGAGGAACACGAAGGUGGUCUGUUCCACAGGACUUCACAUACACCUACAAAGCCAGAGCACAGUGACCAUGUGGAGGACUUGCCUAUAAUAAGCAGCUUCUUUAAAGAACAGCAGUCUUUGCAGAGGUUCCAGAAGUACUUUGAUGUCCACGAGCUGGAAGCCAUGUUCCAAGAAAUGUCACUGAAGCUGAAGUCAGCACAGCGGGAGAGCCUGCCCUAUAAUGUGGAAAAAGUCCUAGAUAAGGUCUUCCGUGCGUCUGAGGCACAGAUUUUGAGCAGAGCAGAGAACAUGCUCGAUACUCGUGUGACUGAACGUAGAGAUUUGGGGAUGAAGGAAAAGAACGUACUGGAAGAGGCUGCAGUGCUAGACGAUGUGCAAGACCUGAUCUAUUUUGUCAGGUACACACACUCCACAGGGGAGGAGACUGGACCACUGGCCGCGACGCAGCCUCCAGAGGAAGGCGGCGGGGAGCCAGCAGAAGAGGUACAGCCACCGCUGGAAGAUCAUUUCCCACAAGAGGACAUGGAAGAUCUUAACAUGCAGAUUCUUGAGGAGCCUGGCCACUCGGAUCAACCCGUGACUGAUAACAUGGGUGUCUCACAAGUGUUACAAAAGCCAAAUACUGAGAAAAACAUGCAUCCAGGGACAUUUGUAACGGAAAGCGCCCCUGACAGUGCUGCUGCUGGAAGAAAGCCGCCGGAGGGACACGCUGAAGAGCCCGCCAGGGCCACACCUGUGGACGGCGAGGGUUUCUCACUGCGCUCACUCCUGCGUCAUUCAGCCCAGGCGCUACUUUCUACAUUGCAUGGUGAUGGUCAGCCUGGGCCUGAUUUUUAUGGACUGCCAUGGAAGCCUGUACUUAUCACUGCCUUCUUGGGAAUUACUUCAUUUGUCAUUUUCUUCUGGAGAACGAUCCUUGUUGUAAAGAGUCAUGUAUACCAAGUCACUGAAGAGCAAAUUUCUGAGAAGUUGAAGAUGCUCAAGAAAGAAAACGCAGACCUUGUACAAAAAUUGUCAAAUUAUGAACAGAAGAUCAAGGAAUCAAAGAAACAUGUUCAAGAAACCAAGAAACAAAAUAUGAUUCUCUGUGAUGAAGCAAUUAAAAUUAAGGAUAAAAUCAAGGAACUUGAAGAAGCUAAGGAAAAUCUGAACGAUACAGCUAAAAAUCUGCGUCUUAUGUUAGAAUCUGAGAGAGAACAGAAUGCCAAGAACGAGAACUUGAUAUCGGAAAACAAGGUAUCUUUAGAGAAGUUAAAGGACGUGAUCGCAAUGAAUGCCUCAGAGCUGUCAGAGGUUCAGAUUGCCCUUAACGAAGCUAAACUUAGUGAAGAGAAGGUGAAGUUUGAAUGCCAUCGGGUUCAAGAAGAGAAUGCUAAGCUUAAGAAGAAGAAAGACCAGUUGCAGCAGGAAAUCAAAGACUUGAAUAAAGCCCAUGCUAAACUCAGUGAGCAAAUAAAAUCAUUUGAGAAGUCUCAGAAAGAUUUGGAAGUAACUCUUACUCAAAAAGAUGAUAAUAUCAGUGCUUUGACGAAUUGUAUCACACAGUUGAAUCGGUUAGAUUGUGAAUCUGAAUCUGAGCGUCAAAAUAAAAGAGGAGAUGAGUCAGAUGAAUUAGCAAAUGGGGAAGUGGGAGGUGACCGAAGUGAGAAGAUGAAAAAUCAAAUUAAGCAGAUGAUGGACGUUUCUCGGACCCAAACGGAAAUAUCAGUAAUUGAAGAGGAUCUAAAACUUCUACAAUCAAAGCUGAGAGCCUCGAUGUCCACAAAAUGUAACCUGGAAGACCAAAUAAAGAGAUUAGAAGACGAUCGCAGCUCCCUGCAGUCUGCCAAGGCUGGGCUGGAAGAAGAGAACAAGACGCUGAAGCAGAAGGUGGAGAUCCUGAGUGAGCUCUAUCAGCAGAAGGAGAUGACUCUGCAGAAGAAGCUGAGCCAGGAAGAGUUCGAGCGGCGAGAGCGGGAGCAGCGGCUGUCGGCGGCCGAUGAGAAGGCGGUGUCGGCGGCCGAGGAAAUAAAGACCUACAAGUGGAGAAUUGAAGAAUUGGAGGAUGAAUUACAGAAAACAGAGCGCUCCUUUAAAGACCAGAUUUCUGCUAAUGAGAAGAAAGCUCACGACAACUGGCUCAAAGCUCGUGCUGCAGAAAGAGCCAUGGCUGAAGAGAAAAGGGAGGCAGCCAACCUGAGGCACAAAUUAUUAGAAUUAACCCAAAAGAUGGCAAUGUUGCAAGAACCUGUGAUUGUAAAACCGAUGCCAGGAAGACCCAACGCACAAAAUGCUCCGCGGAGAGGUCCCCUGAGCCAGAAUGGCUCUUUCGGCCCAUCGCCUGUGAGUGGUGGAGAAUGCUCCCCUCCACCAAGAGACCCGCCCGCGAGACCCCUCUCUGCCACGCUCAGUCGGAGAGAUGUGCCCAGAAGUGAAUUUGCAGAUCCAGGGUCUGGUGCAGCUCUGCUGAUGAACAGCAGCCCGAGAAGCUCUUCCCCUUCGAAGGUGGUGGAUGAGGGCAAGCAAAUUGUUCCCCAAGAGUGUGAAGGCCCUUCGGUUCCCAGCAGUACAUCUUUGGCUGAGCAUCCAGCAGCAGUGAAUAUGGCUGCAGAAGGACCCCCUCCUUUCCCAGGGGUGCCCCUCAUGAGCUCCUCCAUGGGAGGCCCUGUACCACCACCCAUUCGAUACGGACCACCUCCUCAACUCUGCGGGCCUUUCGGGCCUCGGCCAUUUCCUCCACCAUUUGGACCUGGUAUGCGGCCACCUCUAGGUUUAAGGGAAUAUGCACCAGGGGUUCCACCUGGAAAACGGGAUAUGCCUUUCGACCCUCGAGGAUUUGUACCAGGACACCCUCACUUUAGACCUGGAGGCUCUCCGGGCCCUCGAGAGUACUUUAUUCCUGGCCCCCGACUACCGCCCCCAAGCCAUGGCCCCCAAGAUUAUCCUUCACCUGCUGCAAGAGACUUACUGCCUUCUGGCUCCCGAGAGGAGCCCCCCCCCGCCUCUCAGAGUGGCAGCCAGGACUCUUCCCAGGCAAUGAAACAGAGCCCAUAACUGACCUCCGACGUGCAGUCUCGUGGGAGCGGACUGCACAUUAUUCAUUACAGUCUUAAUCCAAAAGUUUAAAUAAAGUUAGUUUUUAGACCUAAGCUGCCCUGGCAGUGUGCAUUUUUGAGCCAAACAAUAAAAAAAUACCAUUUCCCCCCUAAAUAAAAACCACCUCUUAAGCUAGAGCCUCCUUCCAACUUUGAAAUGUGCAAUAAAGAAUACCUGUGUUUUAGUUAAUGUAGCAUAUGUGACUGUUAAAUGAUUUAGAACAUCAUGAAAAAUAUGGACAUUUCCUGUGGAAAUGCUCUAAGAACGUGUAUUUCCAUUUAUUAUCCUGUUUUUAGUGUACACCAGUUGAAUGUAGAGCGACGGUGUUUAUAAGCUUGAAUUUUUAAAGUAUCUGGUCGCAAGGACUGUUACGCUAAAAAUGUUUACUAAAAGAUCACUGAACUUUAUCUCCCCUCUUGCUGAAGUUCUUUGCAGUAAAAGUUCAUUAA